AGAACAUCAAACAUGGGCAAGGUCAUCUUCUAUGAGGACAGAAACUUCCAGGGCCGCUCUUAUGAGUGCAUGAGCGACUGCCCUGACAUGUCCUCCUACAUGAGCAGGUGCCACUCCUGCAGGGUGGAGAGUGGAUGCUUCAUGGUGUACGACCGUUCCAACUUCAUGGGAAACCAGUUCUUCUUGAGGAGGGGAGAGUACUCAGACUACAUGCAUAUGGGAAUGAGUGACUCUGUCCUCUCCUGCCGUAUGAUCCCUCAGCACAGAGGAUCCUUCAGGAUGAGAGUCUAUGAGAGGGAGAACUUUGGAGGUCAGAUGCACGAGAUGUUGGAGGAUUGUGAGUCCUUCCAGGAGCGUUACCGCAUGGCCAACUGCGAGUCUGCCCAGGUCAUGGAGGGACACUGGCUGAUGUACGAGCAACCCCACUUCAGAGGCAGGAUGAUUUACAUGAGGCCCGGAGAGUACAGGAACCUCAGGGAGAUGGGAAGAAGCGGAAUGAGAUAUAGUUCUGUGAGACGCAUCAUGGAAUCCUGUUAA